AUGGAGAUACGGGGCACACUGAGGUACUCCUCAAGGGAUGACGACGCGACGCCCCUCAUCCGCGGGCCGCCUAGGCUGCGUAGGUCCAGGACAUCGGUCUCCGUUUGGUCGCUGCGGCGUAGUGAACGCCUUGCUGCGAAGCCACGCGAGGCAGACUCCAUCAAGCAGGCUCAGUGCGUGCUCAUGCAGAAGCUGAGAGUUGUAGCUAGCUCGCCCAACGUCAACUCUGAGACGGUGCGUAAGUACAAAUCAACCUUCCAGGUGCUGUUAUCGGCCUCCAAACAGGAGGCGUUGCAGCUUCUUUUUGGUGGGGAUUUUGACCCGAUGGCCUUGAACUUUGAUAUGGUCGGGAUGGACGAGGUUUGA